AGAGGAACACAGUGGCUCCCAAUUUUUCAGCACCUCAAGCCUUUGGACAGCUCCUUUCCAUCAGCGCUUGUCACUCCAUCCAGCCUACAGAGAUCUCCUUCCUUUUUGCACCACUUACUCCCACCAGUCUGUGGCCAGCUCCUCCCUCCAAAGUGCAACUGACCGACCGUGGAUUUUCAGAGAUUCGGCAUUUUCGUUGCAGAACACGGUACAUUGGAAGUUCAAGAUAAAAAGACGAAGCGUUUAGAAAAACUGUCUCUCUCUUUCUCUGGGAGUUAUUGCUCUGUUCCUAUCAUUGGUUGCAAAUUAAUUGUUAACCGGGACUCCAGGCAGCUAAGCCACCUGCACACGGUAUGUACUGGGGAUGUGCGGGAUAUAUACAACACUGGGCUCUUCGAUUCUAGAGGUAACAGACCCUUCAGACUGUCUUGGUCUAUUUUGCGACGACUUUAAGGAAAAGAACAAUCGCAUGCAAAUAUGUUUUAACAAAAGCACGUGAGCUGGUUCCAAGCCAGAUCAACGCAAUAGAAUUAGAUUUGUGUUUCGUUAGAGGGAGGGUGAAAAUCAAUUUCUUUUCAAUCGAUAGAAUCGCGGACGAGGAAAAUGGAAGCUGCCCCUGAAUACUCGCUUUUUCUCGUCCGGAUCUUGGAAGAACUGGAUACGAAUCACAGCACGGUUUCCUAUCAGGAUCUGUGCAAAUUGCUUUGUGCUCGUUUUGAUUUGACUCAUUUGGCAAAGCUGAGGAGCCUAUUGUUUUACACCGCCUGCUUGGACCCGAAUUUCCCAGCCACUCUUUUCAAAGAAAAAUUACGGUGCAAUGUGGAUAGCCCCCAGUCCAAAAAGAUCAUGAUAGCCGCCGAUAUCGUCACCAUGUUUAAUCUGAUUCAGAUGAACGGGGGUGUCGCGAAGGAAAAACUGCCUCACCGACACCAACACAAGGUGAGAAAAGACGAGUCUUUUGACGGCUGUCGAUCAGAUACAGAAAUCCGUCAGGUUCGGUCCCCUGUAUCCAGCCAUGACUCAAUAGACAGAGAUGUUUGCAGUGAACACUCGGCAGCAGGAGACUCGAAUAUGUGUCCCACAGCUGACUUUAAGGACUGCCAACGUCUCAUUUGCACUUCAGAUCCCAAUUUUUUCCUUGGGAUCAGGAAUGAAGGGAUAGAGGAGAAUAAGGGUAGGGCAGCCUCACUUGACCGACUCCAAGCAUCGCCAACUUUUAACAGUAUCGACCCUCAGGCAUGUGUCAUGCAGACCACAUAUUUCCCCAUGGACCCCAGCCAGGAUUCAAACUCAGAUCAAGACUCCCCGAGCAGGAAAACAGACAGGAAUGGGACAUUUGAUUCCAGUGAUGAAGCAUUCACCAUCUCUCCCUGUGUACAUGGCAGGCCUGUGUUCAAUGGAGAGCUACAGGACGUGCUUCCUUGCAUUGCCAAGUUCGUGCCAAUGGACAAAGAGUCUGAGGAUGAAGACAACGGCUCCCAUGCUCGGAAAAAUGGCUCGCGUUUCUCCACCUUUUUCAGUAACAGUUUCGAGAUGCCUUACAACAGUCCGUACUGUGACUCAAUGCCAUUCACAAGUCAAGAGAAACGGUACGUCAAACAUGAAAGUUUGGAUGACCUACAAGGUAGCACCUAUUUUGGUCCCAGCACAAUAUCGCAAGAGCCCCGGAAACUUUCCUCUAAGCCAAACAAGUCGACCUCCUGGCUCCUAAAGAGCUGGAGUCUGAACAAUGAGGCUGCUCAGGACUGUGAGCAGUACUUUGCUGGAGAGAAGCCCAACACUCACAGAUAUCAGAGCAAUGUCAAAGAGGAGUUGCUGGCCGAGGCUCGCCAGAGACAGGCUGCAGCAGCGGAGGAUGCGAUCAGCACCGUGGACAGGGCACAGGCUUACUUCAAACAGGCGGCUGCCGGCGGCGACGAGGCACUGGGGUCAGUGGGUAAACCAUUCAACUCAAAACUGGCCACGACCGGGCACUGUAACCAAAGGAAGGUAAAAGAUAAGAGUGUGAACUGCUCAUCGCAGGUGCAGAGCUUUGAGAAGACAACAAGUGUGGGCACCCAGACUGAACAGUCCGUCCGGGGCAAGGGUAAGGAUGGUAGCCAUGGGCAUCAGCCCAAGUAUGGGGAGAAAGUGCCCCUGAAACAUUCAGACGAGGACUCUGAGGCUCUUAGUGAUGAUAUCAGUGAUAUAUUUAGGUUCCUGGAUGAUAUGAGUGUGAAUGGCUCCACUGGACUUUUGCAGUCCUGUUACAACAGCAGUGGUUCCUUGACACGUCUGCCCAAAUCAGACAGUGGCAGCCUAGAGCGAACCCCAGUGAAAACCAAUGCCCUCCAGAAGGAUCAGGGCAAAGGGCUUCCCUCCAAACAGCCUGGGGAUGAGGAACUCAAGAUGAGCGUCUGCAAACUGGUGCUAAGGAUCGGUGAGAUCGAGAAGAAAUUGGAAAGCCUGUCUGGGGUUCGGGAUGAGAUCUCCCAGGUCCUGUCCAAACUCAAUAAAUUGGACCAGAAGAUCCAAGAGCCAGCAGGGGAAAAGUUGUCCCCUGCCAGCAACCAUGAGAGUCUCCGAGUCAAAGCCCUUAGAAAAAAUUUGUUUGUCAGAAGAUCUUCCAAGUCCCUAACAGAGGAAAACAGUGCCACUGAGUCCAAGAUCACCAGUAUUUCCAAUUCUCCCCGGGACUGGAGGGUUGUGGGCAACAACAGCGAGCCUGGCAUCACCCUGGAGGAGGGCAAGCAGCAGGUGGUAACAGACAACAAGGAUUGGCAGCGCAAGACCAGAGAGGUAGAUCGACGAUACGUCAUUUCACAGUCACACAGACCAUUAAAGCCAGGGAAAGAUUCUCUUCUGAUCGAACAAGUCUUUAGCCCUCAUGUUUAUCCCAAUUCCAUGAAGUCCCAUAUGAAGAGUAAUCCGCUGUACACCGACCUCCGACUGACAGAAGUUUUGGAGCAAAAACGACCCCAGCCAUCGUGGACCAUCGAGGAAUACAAUAGGAAUGUUAGUGAGAAGGACAAAUCCGCAGUUUUGGAUAUUCAGAAUCAAGAAUCGUUAAAUCCAAAUAACUUAGAAUACUGGAUGGAGGAUAUUUACACUCCGGGAUAUGACUCCUUACUGAAACGAAAGGAGGCUGAAUUCAGGAGAGCAAAGAUCUGUAAGAUGGCUGCCUUAAUUGCAGCAGCAGUGUGCACUGUGGUUUUGGUUAUUGUAGUGCCAAUUUGCACUAUGAAAUCUUAAUUGUUUUAUAAUUCUUGUAUCAAAUAUUCAAAUAAAUAUCUGAAGUCUCAAAUCAAUAUGUGCAUUUGGGGCUGAUGUUCAUCUUAUUGUUCUGAACCUGAUAUGUGUUGUAUAAGUGGGUUCACAGGAUCAGACACCAGGUAUUUUAGUCUUUGCUGGGGAACAACUAGUUAAAAUCCUGGCACGAUCUUCCUCUGUGCACUGUUCUAAAGUUGUCAUUUAAACUGAACAGGCUCAUAACUCCAUCUAAACAGUGUACAAUAAAAAGUAUCCUAAUGAAUAAUCCAGCGAGCUGUCAAAAUGUUAGUUCCAUUUUAAAACAAACUUGUUGCAAAAGGCAAAACAGUUUAUUAGAAAAAUAACCAUUGCUAACAAACUAUACAGGUAGCAGCAUUUGAGGAUAGGUUAUGUUUUGUUGAUGAUUGGAAUUUAGAAUAGGACACUUCAGAUUGUUUCAGGAAUUAAACCAGUCUCCUCGUUCUGGCAGAACUUGUUCUCCUUAAACUUGCCCCACUUCUUCCAAAUUAAAGGGAUUGCAGUGGGAACCUGCAUGGGUCUUGUGGGCAUGUAGAACAUUCCUUGUUCCAGCUCUAUUCAAGCCACCGCCCCCAACUCUUUUUCUGGCAUAUUGAUGCCAGAAUCAUGUCCUGCUUUCAGCCAGGACUGGAAAUCUUCUUAAACUUUGAUUUCAUGUUCCACCUUUUUCUCAGUUUUACCAGGUCUAUCUCUGAAACUUCCCAUCUCUUCCUUAACUUCCCUAUCUCUGUUUCCCAGGAUAGGCUGUCUGCUGAUAUUCAUUGUAAGCCUACUGACUCCCACAACUACCUCAAAUACAUUUCCUCAUAUCCGGCUUCAUGUAAGGACUCAGUUCCACUUACCCUGUUUCUCUGAUUCCAUUCUAACUUUUCAAAUAACGACUCUUUCACCAUAGUGCUUCCAGUGUAUCAACGUUCUUCCUAAAUCUAAGAAUUGUGCAAGUUGACAAGGCUCUUAAUAGGACUGACCAACUUCCAUCCCUUCUAUCUAUGUGCUCACCCCUUCUUCUCCCUCCCGGAACCACAGUAAUGUUCCUCUGGCCUCACUUUCUGCCCUUCCAACCACUACUUUCAAAACAAUUGUCAUCUGCCAUCUCAAGCAUCCAACCUCCAUCAAGCACAUCUCCCCCUUCCUUCCUCAUCAGUUUCCUAAAGGGACCACAUUGCACCUUCCUAUCCAAUCAUAGGAGUUUUUUCGAAUUCGUUCACAGGAUGAGGGCAUCGCUAGCUAGGCUAUGCUGAACGGCCCACUGGGCAAUUAGGAGUCAACCACAUUGCUGUGGGUCUGAAGUCACAGGUUGUCCAGACCAGGUAAGGAUGGCAGUUUCCUUCCUUAAAAGGAUAUUAGAGAGCCAGUUGAGUUUUUCAAGCAAUUCAUAAUGGAUUCAUGAUCAUCAUUAGACUUUCAUGUCAAGAUUUUUAAUGCAUUCAAAAUCCACCAUCAGCCUUGGUGGGAUUUGAACCUGGAUCCCUGAAACAAUGUCUAGGUCUCUGGAUUGACAGCCCAGUGAUAAUACCACAAGGCCAUUGCCUCCCCUCAAAGUGCGACAUCUCAUAGUGCCACACCAUUCAGUGCGCCAAACAAUCCCUCCAUGUGAAGCAGCAAGUUACGUGCACCUCUUUCAAUCUACUCAGCUGUAUUCACUGCUCGCAGUCUGGUCUCCUGACCAAGUGCAAAUUGAGUAACCACUUUGCGAGGAACAAGUAGGAUCUGGAGUUUUUGGUUUUGAGUCACUUUAAUUUUUACCACCUUGCUCAAAUCGGUUCUCAACCUACUCCUGUGACCCGCUGAAGCUCAACUCAAGCUGAAGGCCAAGCAGUCGUCUUCCAAUGGGGAAUGUUGUAGGCUUUUGGUUUCAACUUUGAGUUCAACAACCUCAGACCACAGAUUCUGUCCCCUAUUUUGGUUCUGUUUUCACUGCCAUGUGCCAAUCUGAAUUGUGUUGUGUAUGUUUUUGUUGGCACACAGAGCUCGCCUUUAUCAAGCCAUUAAUGCUUACUCUGUACCAAUGUUUUAUUUCUUUACAACUAUCACCACUCCAUUUAGAGUCAUACAGUCAUAUGGCACCCAAACAGACCCUUCAGUCUGACCAGGCUAUGCCAACCAACAUCCCAAACUAAACUAGUCCCACCUGCCUGCAUUUGGCCCAUAUCUCUGCAAAUAUUUCUUAUUCAUAAACUUAUCUGAACGUCUUUUAAACAUUGUAACUGUAUCUGCAUCCACCACUUCCUCUGGAAGACCAUUCCACACAUAAUCCUUUCUCUGUGUCAAAAAAAUUUCCCCAUUAUGUCUUUUAAAUCUACCUCUCACCUUAAAAAUGUGUCACCUCGUCAGCAAAGCACUCAUUGUUAUCUCAUGAUAUCUUUAUCAUGAAGUCUCUCACACCUUGUACCUCCCCGACUGUCCCUUUCAUUUUUGUCUACUUGCCCCUUUUCAGUAGCAACAUCCAUCACAUUCCUACCUCCCAUAGUUCUGAACAAGAGUCAGAUUGGGCUCGAAAUGUUAACUCUAUUUCUGUCUCCACAGAUGAUGCAAGACCUGCUGAAUAUACGCAGAACUUUUUGUUUUUAUUUCUUUCUUUAGUUUUGUUUGUUUCUUUCUUUUGUGUUCUUGCUCUGCCUCUCGUAAAACCUCCAGUUCACAUGUUGAGCACACCACAAAUCAAUGUGAGAAUGUGAGUUGCAUGAUGAAGCUAAAGACAAGUUUCAUGUUGACCCCAUACUCAUGCUCCUUCUGGGUUUGGGUGCAAACGUAGUCAACCCUGUUUAACCAGCAUGAACACAGUCAUUGAGCACUGCUGACACAUCACUUAUAAGAUAAGCUAUAGUUCAACUCCUGGCAUUAAAACUGUGCAUAACAUUUAACUUCAUAGAUAUUUUCAUUUGUCCAGCUCAGUGUGAAAGCUGUUUCAGACUGCAGCUUCAGCUAAGCAGCUCUCAUUUGGAGUAAAUAAAGACGUGAAUUUACUUGAGAGGGAAUUAGGCAUUGUAGUUUCACACUUUAAAUCUUGUUAUUUCUGUGCCUCUAAUUGCUGGACAUGUGAAUUCACAGCAGAAUAGAGAAAUAGAGCAUGAGAAAAUUGAGACCUGGUGACAGUCAGCUUAAUAUGCUGUUUACAUAGCAAAUAAAUGUAAGCAUAAAGGAAGAAACAGAACACAUGUAUGUUAAAUUCAAAUUAGUUAAACAGAAACAAAUAAAGAUUGGGAGAGAAAGAAUGGAUUGAGAGACAGAAAAGAAACUGUAAGAAACAGUAAGAUUUCAUAACACUAAUUGACAUUAAACAAAUUCUUGGGAUGAUUGUAUCAGAGAU